UCGAAACGAAAAUAGACGUCAACAUUUUUGAUAAUGCGUUUCAUUUCAAGAUGUCCAGACCUGUAGUGUAUAUCAGCAGAACAGAAUCAUUUAGCGCCUGUCACCGAUUACAUAGUUUAUCUUUGUCAAAUGAAGAAAACUUAAAACUGUUUGGAAAAUGCAAUAAUCCUAAUGGCCAUGGACACAACUACAAGGUGGAAGUUAUUCUCAGGGGUCCAGUGGAUCCUGUGACGGGUAUGGUGAUCAAUUUGGUAGACCUCAAGCAGUACAUGGAGGCGGCAAUCAUGACAGUUUUGGAUCACAAAAGUAUUGAUAACGAUGUCCCUUAUUUUAAAGAACAUGUCAGCACAGCAGAAAAUAUUGCAGUUUUCAUAUGGAAGAGUUUGCAGAGCAAAGUGCCAGCAGGAUAUCUGUACGAGAUCAAAUUGCAUGAAACAGACAAAAAUGUUGUAUUUUAUCGUGGAGAAUUUGACAGUCUUUGAUCUGACUAAGGGGGUGAGAUGUAGCCCAAUGGUACAGCAUUCACUUGAUGCACGGUCAGUCUGGGAUCGAUCCCUGUCAGUGGGCCCAUUGGGCUAUUUCUCGCUCCAGCCAGUGCACCACAACUG